GUGCACCGAUAAUUGGCAGCUGGAUGCGAAUUUGAGCCUAUCAGAUGCCAAGAUCAAGGCCAAAUUUCCAUAUUUAGACAAACACCAGUUCAACACUGCAAUGGGUUCUCGCUUACAGUGGGAAGACAUGUUGUGGUAAUGGCGACCCUGGUCGGUUGUAUGAGCUUGUUGCUUCUUAUUGCCGUCGGUUUAUCGUCUGUAGAUUGUCUAACUGGGGGAAAUUGUUCAGAGGGUCUUCUCAGGGUUUGCAGUGAAGGAUUUGAUGAGAACAGUUAUGCAAUUUGCAAAGAAGCAAAGGAGUUAAAUAACUGCCUGUUGUAUCUGUCUGACUGUGACCACUCCAAGGAUUUAGAGCUUAAGUUUAUAUAUAGACAUCUGAAGUUUAAAGUGCAUCAGUUCUCCUGCAAUGAAAAGCACCCUGUUAAACAGUGUAAUGAAAGUUUAGUGAAAUCCUGUUUGGAUAACUACCAUGGGAAUGCUACACCAAUAUGCCCAGAGGUGAAGAGGCUACAGCGAUGCUUAGACCAGUUUAAAGGCUGUCAUGUGAUGCGCCAUCCUUUUUACACCCAAUCACAGAGUAUUCUGAGCAAGAACAGAAAAUGUUUUUUCCUAUUAGUGAAUUAUUCAAGAAUUCUGGAAGUUCUUGACAAGAAAACAGGACUUCCCAAGACAAUAAAUUCUACGCAACCAGCACUUGUUGAAAAGAUAGAGACUUCGUCGACCUUUUUACCGUACACGUUUGUGGUGGUAGCCACUGUUUGUACUUGCUUGUUUCUCAUCGUGUUAGUGGUUUUCAGUGUGAUACGGCACACUUCUCUACUGAGAUUUCGGAACUCUUCAAUAGAAAGGCAACAUACAAGACUGCCUUCUAGACCAAGGGUCUCAUCACAUAGAACUAACAGGAUAGGCCGACAUAACGGUCAUCAUAAUUCAAGACGACCGAAUGUUGCAAUAGAGGGGGCCAGACAGACGGUUUCAGGGUUCUUUGAGGGGAACGUACCUCCCCCCCCUUACAGUGCUGUUUUAGAUGAGACAGAGAGUUUGCGUGCAGGAGAUCCUCCGCCCCCUUAUAAUGUGCCACAGUCAGUCAUUUCCAUAGGUGUGAUAGUCUAGAAUAUUAUAGUUUUCAAUUUGCAAUAAUAGCAAAUGUUUUCUCUAGAAUUAUAUUUUUAUUAUCAAUUAUUGGUGGUAAAAACAUUUCUUUUAUAUUUGAAAUCAAAUCUAUUUGAACAGAACAGUUUUAUUUUUUAAUUUUAUUUACCAUGAUUACUUAAAAAAAUUAACAAUGAUUUGGGUGUUUGAAUUUUUGGGUUAAUGUUACCAGGCAAGCAGUGAAGAGUUCCUUAUGAAAUUAUUAUCCUAUUAGAGUGGUUUUCAAAAUCCCAAGCCAGAAAAAGAGUCAAGCCAGAACAAAAGAGAACAACAUUACAGUGUAUUAGUACUAAAUAGACUAAAUAGUAUUUCAUGGGUUUUUGAAAAACACUCUACCAAGGAUUUAUGCAUCAGAUUUGUAAGACUGAUCCAUUGGUUUGUGAAUAUGAUGGGCUGUUACACAAAACAAGUCCACACAGCCUAUGCUGUUUAAAAAGAGGAUCAAAUGAUUUUAAGCUUAAUCUUACUAUCAACUCAAUAAUCAUUGGUAUUGAGGUUAAGCUCUUGUAUAUAUUUGGUAAAUACUGUGAAUAAAUUGCAUCUUACAAAA